UGAAACAUAAGUAGUCUGUACAAGCAAUCAGUCAGUUAUAUACUCUUUGAGUGUCAAUGUCACUCUAGUGACACAAACAGUUGUCAUUUGAAUUUGAUAAACAAGGAUAAUUAAAAUUGUCAUUUAAUUUCAAAAGAUCAGAAUUUGUAUUGUUAAAAUAAUACUUAAAAACAAGCAAUAUGACAAGCCUUUUUUCACGAUGUCCCAAAAAUAUUUAUUCAACUUUUACUAUAAUACAUAAUCAUUGUUUUCGAAAUUUUUUAAUAGCGAAUAAAUCCCGUGGUAUUAACUAUUGUAGUAAUAAAUCAACGAUUAAAACACAUCAGGUAUAUAGAAGUGAUUUCGGUAAUCCAAACUUUGAUGCGUCUAAAGUUAAGCUUAUUUCAAAAUUAAAUUUCUUAUCUGAAGAAGAUGCACUUCCUUUUUACAAAUUGUCCACAAGAAGCUUAUUACAAAUUUACAAUUGUACAAAAUAUGAUGAAAAGAUGGGUUUUUGUAAAAACAGAUUAUAUUAUAUUUCAUCUCGAUUAAAAGUAAGUACCCUUUUGGUAUACUAUUGUAUAGUUUUUUAUUUAAACUGUAAUUUUACUAUUUUCUGUAUUUCAGUGUUCUCCUGACAUGUUACGAGAAUCAUUAGCUAAAAGAACAUUCAUUUAUAAUUUACCAUUCGACUGGCUUGAAAGUGCUUUGAAUGUUUUACUAGACAUGGGAGUAAGUUCUGAACGGAUAUUGAGAGAUUUAUGGGUUCUAAAAUAUCACCCUAAAACUAUUCAUGAAAGACUUCAGAAAGUCAAAAUUUUGGGAGUGGAUACUCUGUAUCCAUGGAUGGUAAGAUGUACUGAGCAAAUUUUAAAUAGGUAUAUUGAAAUAUUACAAGAAACAAAAAAUAUUCUUGGGGAAAACCAAUCUACCCAUGUGUACUUAGCAAACAGAUUGAAUGUUUCACCUAAGGAUGUGGAAAAAAUGUGUGAAAAAGUGCCUGCACUAAGAACAAUUAGAGUAACUAAGCUCAAAUCAUUUUUAGAUUUUUUAAUUAGUGAAGGAUUUGCUAUUGAAGAUAUUGCAAGGAGACCCAGGGUAUUAACUGCAUCUCAGAAGACUGUAAAGGAACGACUACAGAAACUCAGAAGAUUAGGCCUAAAAGAAAUCAAUUUAAAUGCAGUGUCUAGAAGUAAAAAGGACUUUAAAAAGUAUUUUGCAUCAUUAGAGUCUGUUUCAAUCCAAAACUAGUAAUGGUGAAUUACUAUUUUAUUAUGCUAAUAAAUCCAAUUUGAUCAUUAAUCUUCUUUCUUUUUUUGCCUCAUAAGUAUUAUUAACUGCGCACAGUUGAUACUUGAUAGUGUAUGAAAAUAUUCAUAAGCUACCUUCCAGAAAACAUUCAGAGAUUACCCAGAACAAAUAUGAUUUUUGUCAAUAUUAACAAACACUACAAUUUUAUUAAUUGUAUAGAUUAGAAACAUGUAUUCAAAAUUAUAGCAAGUCAAAGUUCCUAGCAUUGAGUAUAAUAAUUGUGAGUAAAUGCCUUGCAAAUUUAUAAACAAGAAUAUGAUGUCUACAAAGACUAUUUGAGUGAAAAUGAAUUUAAAAAAAAAUUCUGUCACAAGCAGUAUAUUAAUUUUAUUGCUACCUGAAACAAUUUAUAUUAUUUACAUGCCCUAUACCAUUAUGCAUAUUUCAAAAUUCUAUCAAAAAUCAUUACACAAUUAAAAUAACUCAUGUUUAUUGUAGGUAGCAUUCAUAAAAGAAUACAUAAAACAAACAGUGCAUAUGGUUGUGGAAUGAAUUACAUGAAUUAAACCAAUAAUAAA